UACACGAUUUCAUGAAAUGAGACGCACGUUAAACCGAGGUAUUUGCGCUGCAUGCACACGAACACCAACAGGUCACUUUGCUGAAUUAUUGGAAAUAAAUGUGAAUUCAUUUAUAGAUACUCACUUAAUGCUGGAGUUUCUCCAUCAGUAUGAAGCUGGAUUUUGAUGAAGCUCUUGAGAAGGUUGGAGGAUUUGGUUUUAUUCAGCGCUUUCAUUUUUCAUUGCUUAUGGUGAUACAAAUCUUCCAUGCUGCAUUUAUUGUGGGUUUGGCUUUCCUGGGGAAAGAACCCAACUUCACCUGCAAAGGAAGGAUAGCCAGGAACCCUUGUCAACUUGAACCACCUUGCAAAGAGUUUGUCUUCAGCAAAGACUUCACAUCCAUUGUUUCUGAGUGGGAUCUUGUUUGCGACAGUAAGAGAGAAGCUGGCUAUGCCCAGUCAUUGCUUAUGUUUGGGUUUCUGGCUGGGGUCAUUGCCCUUGGUACAGUAUCUGACAGAUGUGGUCGAUUGAAGACCUUUGUCUGGGGAAUGAUAUUUCUAGUAGCUGUCCAGUUAGCUUCAGCAUUCUCUCAGAAUAUCUACCAGUAUUCCUUUUCAAGAUUUUUAGUUGGUUUCUUUUCUGGAGGAGGUAGUUUAGCAGGUCACAUAUUAAUGCUGGAAGGAUUAGUGCCUGGACAACGUGCUUUAAUAAGUACAGUCUACCACUGUGGUUUUGCAUCAGGUCUGGCGGUAUUUUCAGCAAUGGCAUACUACUUUCGAGACUGGAGACAGUUGACCUUGAUUACCUGUUUACCCAUGGUAUUCUUCAUUUUUAUUCCAUUGCUGAUACCAGAAUCAGCUCGUUGGCUUGCCUCCAAUGGACGUAUCCAAGAAGCUGAAGAGCAGCUACAUUUCUUUGGCAAGAAGAAUGGGUUGAAAGUCAGUCAAUCCCUGAUCACUUUAAUUGACAAAACUGAUGAUGCUAAGGGCAAGAAUUCUGCAGACGGAAUGGUGGACUUGUUUCGUACUCCUGUGUUGAGACGAAGAAUGAUUGUACUGAUGAUCACAUGGUUUAGUUGUUGCUUGGCAUACUAUGGUCUAACUUUUGGUGCCAGCAACCUGGGAGGAAACAUGUACGUCAACUUUGCACUGUCUGGAAUUAUUGAGAUACCAGCUUGUCUACUCAGUACUGUAGCAUUAAAUUGGUUAGGUCGUCGUCCAACCAUGGUAGGGUCCUUGUUUGUGGUGGGUUUUGCUUGCCUUGGGGUCAUGGCUCUACACAAGUCUGAGAAUGGUGCAAUGUUUUCUUCUCAAACAUGCCUGGCACUCAUUGGUAAAAUGGCAAUAGCUGUUGCUUUUAACUCAGCGUAUCUCUACUCUUCAGAACUUCUGCCUACAGUUCUAAGAAAUACUGCCAUGGGUGUGUGUUCCAUGUCUGCCCGCAUUGGGGGAAUCAUUGCACCUGCUCUUCCACCAUUUGGAGAGAAAGUUGCCUAUCUAGCAUUUGGUAUCACUGCACUAUCAAGUGCCUUGCUAGACUUGACUCUUCCAGAGAGCUUAAAUAAGCAGCUUCCAGAGACCAUAAUGGACAUAGAGAGUGGAUUGUCCCUGACUACAUUGCAUCCAGAAAAACGCCUUGGAAUUAGCUAGCCAAAAACAAUUAUUCAU